UCCAGAUGUCAGAGGAGUUCACAAUGGAGAUAGAGGAGUCGGAGUGCCCUCAUAGAAGGCCACAAGUUGACCGAACUAAGUUCACCAGCUCUGCGAUGGGUAUGGUUGGGAGGACCUCAGAUUUCAGUGACGGUGCGGCGUCACCGUAUCAUCCAGUCAGCCCUAGGGUCUUCCUUCCGUCGCCAUCGAUCGCCUAUAGGCAGCUACCGAGGGAAAUGGAGGAGGAGCUCUCGUCCCCUAAAGCGGAUCCUGUGGCAGGCGUGCAGAUUCUGGCGGACCAGACGGAGAUUGGUUUCAGAGAUACUAAUGACGACAUAACGGCAGAUCCCAAGAAGGAUUUGUACAAGGCGUUCUUUGAGUGGGUGGACCUCAAUCAAGAUGUUUUCAUCUCACGUUUGGCGGAGUGUGUGGCCAUUCCGGGGGUAUCUGGAGACCCUUCUAGACGGCCUCAGGUUAUCCAAACGAUAGCGUGGGCAACGAGAUGGUGCGAGGCUCUGGGAGGGAUGAUAGAUGUUGUAGACUUGGGCUUACAGACGUUGGUGGAUGGAAGUAAGAUACCACUCCCACCGGUACUGUUCUGUACUUUCGAGAGUGGUAGUAGUAGUACUACGAGUCCGACCUUGUGCGUGUAUGGGCAUCUCGAUGUCCAGCCAGCUGAGAGGGACGACGGUUGGGACACGGAGCCGUUCGAGCUGACUGAGAUCGAUGGAAAUUUGUACGGUAGAGGUGCCACUGACGAUAAGGGUCCUGUUCUCUGCUGGUUGUGGUUUGUGGAGUUCCAUAGGAAGUUCAACUUGCCUCUACCAUGCAAUAUCAAGUGUGUUUUCGAAGGGAUGGAGGAGUCGGGCUCGGAGGGCCUUGAGGAGUGCCUUAGGUCGGUGAGGGAGACGUUUUUUUCUGAUGUCGAUGGUACUUGCAUUUCGGAUAACUAUUGGCUGGGAAGGAACCGUCCGUGUCUGACAUUUGGAAUUCGAGGAGCUGCUUAUUUUGCAGUGGAGGUCCGUGGGGGGCAGAAGGAUCUGCAUUCGGGCUCUCAUGGAGGGGCUGUGCAGGAGCCUCUGAACGACUUGAUGAAAUUGCUGUCGAAUCUUGUGGAUAGCAGCGGAAAGAUUCUGGUACCUGGAAUUUACGAGGAAGUGGUGGAGUUGACCGCUGAGGAGAGGGAGAAGUAUGAAAUUUGUGACUUUGAUAUUGCGGGAUAUGCGAAUGAUGGUGUUGGAGGAAUGCCGCUCCUUUUUAACAACUCUACGGACAUCCUCAUGGGCCGCUCUCGCUAUCCAUCGUUGUCACUACAUGGCAUCGAAGGCGCCUUUUCUGGAGCGGGGGGAAAGACUGUUAUCCCUCGGACGGUCAUUGGGAAGUUCUCCAUCCGCACUGUACCUAACAUGGCAGUAGAGCACGUCGAGGAGUGUGUGAAGAGACACCUGGUGAAGGUGUUCGACGGGCUGGGCAGCAGCAAUAGACUUAAAGUCAAUUGUUUACUCGCAGCUCGGCCCUGGGUUGGCAAUAUAGAGGAUUUCAAUUUCAAAGCGGCGGCGUCGGCGACCAGAAUAGUUCAUAACGGGCAGGAGCCGGACUACACUCGCGAGGGGGGAUCUAUUCCUAUUACGCUGACGUUCGAUGAGGUGACUGGAGGGAAGCCGCUGAUUUUACUCCCGAUAGGCCAGGGCGAUGACGGCGCACAUAGUCAGAAUGAAAAGAUAUCGCGAUGGAACUACAUAACGGGGGUGAAGACACUAGGAACGUAUGUGUAUGAGUUUGCCGAGAUGGCGAUGAAGGCCCGGGGGGAAUGA